AUGGCCGACCAAACAGAAUCUGCUUAUUCUCCCCGGCCGGUCUCACUGCCUCCUGCUCCAGAUGUCAAAUUCUGGUCAGAACAGCAGUGGACAACCUUCUUCGCUUUGGCCGAUGCAGUCAUUCCGUCCAUCCGCACUGCUGCCACCAUCAAGUCCUCCGCGGACAAGGUCAUUUCAACUGGGGAAUGGGAUAACACUGUCACCAAGUUGUCCACCUUAAUUCCAGGUCCGGAUGCUGCUGCCCUCGCCAAAGAGUACCUCGAGGAGGAUGUUUCCUCGAAUCCCAUCUUUCGUGCUACCGUUCAGCGGAUCAUCGGCAACCAUGUUCAUGAAGAGGGAAAGAAUGGCUUCGGUCUCGUGUUGAAUGCCCUCAACUCGCGAGCUGGCUCGCUGAUAUUGACGGGAUCCACGACUCUCAUUCACCAACAGCCUAUCGCCUUCCGGGAGAAGGUCUUUCGAGGAUGGGACACCUCUCGACUACCCCCGCUGCGUGCGGUAUAUCGAGGGCUCACUGCUACGGUCAAGAAAUCCUGGGUCAUGACCAGCCCAACGAUUGGCCGUGUGCUCGGAUUUCCGCGAAUCCCUGUCCAUGGCAAGCCCACUGAUGGGUUCCCAUUUGAAUUCUUGCAAUUUCCGGCCGGUGAUGAGCCCGAGACCAUCGAGGCUGAUGUAGUCAUCGUGGGCAGUGGUUGCGGGGGUGCCGUGACUGCGAAGAAUCUGGCCGAGGCAGGCCUCAAAGUGCUCGUGGUGGAGAAAUCUUACUCGUACUCGAGCCAGCACUUCCCCAUGACCGCCAAUGAGGGCUAUGUGAACAUGUUUGAGAAUGCCGGCUCCAAUAUGAGUGAUGAUGGCUCUAUGGCCGUGCUGGCAGGCUCAACGUGGGGAGGCGGCGGCACAGUCAACUGGUCGGCAUCUUUGCAAACCCAGGCCUAUGUCCGUCAGGAGUGGGCAGAUGCUGGUCUUCCCUUCUUCACCUCCUUUGAGUUCCAGAAGAGCUUGGAUCGUGUCUGCGACCGCAUGGGCGUGAAUUUCGAGCACGUCCGACAUAAUUAUGGUAAUAAUGUGAUCUUGGAGGGCGCACGGAAACUGGGCUACGCUGCCGGCACGGUGCCUCAGAAUACCGGCAACGAGGAGCAUUACUGUGGUUACUGCACACUCGGAUGCCAUUCGACCGGCAAGAAGGGCCCCACAGAGUCCUUUUUGACAGAUGCCGCUAAGGCCGGCGCGAUAUUUAUCGAAGGAUAUAAUGCCGACAAGGUGGUCUUUACCAAGGAUGGAGGCAAGCGGAAGGCCACCGGCGUGCAGGGAACCUGGACUUCUCGAGAUUCUUAUCUGGGCUUGAGCGGCGAGGGUGCGGUCCAACGCAAGGUCAACAUCAAGGCCAAGAAGGUUGUCAUAUCGUCCGGAACGUUGAACAGUCCUCUGCUACUGCUGCGAAGUGGCAUCAAGAACUCUCAGAUUGGCAAGAAUCUCUACCUCCAUCCUGUCAUGUUGGGUGGUGCAGUGUUCGAGGAUGAGGUCCGUCCAUGGGAGGGAUCAGCAUUGACCACCGUGGUGAACGAAUUCGAAGACAUGGAUGGCAAGGGCCACGGUGUGAAGGUUGAGGCCGUCGCAAUGAUGCCCUCUGUCUUCAUCUCAGUAUUCCCCUGGCGGGAUGGGUUGGACUAUAAGCUGUGGGCCGCCGGGAUGAGCCAUAGCACCAGCUUUAUCACCUUGACCAAGGACCGCGACGCAGGUCGCGUUUACCCGGACCCGGUUGAUGGACGUGCCCGCAUUGAUUACACUGUAUCACCGUUUGAUCGCAAGCAUAUCGUGGAGGGAUUGAUCGCCUCAGCGAAGAUUGCGUACAUCUCCGGCGCCAAAGAGUUCCACACGACCUACCGCGACCUGCCGCCAUUUAUUCGACCAGACCCAUCCAGCACUGAUGCUCCGGAAGGUACCAACGACGCAGCUCUCCAGAGUUGGAUCACUGAACUGCGUCAGAAAUGGGCACAUGUCGAAUGGGCAAAUCCCCCCAAGUCGAGUGUGGUCGACCCUGACUGUCAGGUCUGGGACACGGACGGACUCUACGUGGUGGAUGCGUCAGUCUUCCCCAGUGCCAGCGGAGUGAAUCCGAUGGUCACCAAUAUGGCCAUUGCUGACUGGGCGAGUCGCAAUGUUGCACGGUCGCUAAGCAAGCCACGCAGUGAGAGAGGCGGCCUUGCUCGUCUGUAG